AUGAGGACUCCCCUGCUGUGGCUGCCUCUGCUCCUGCUCGUGGUGCCAGUCCAGGCACUGCAGUGUCACCAGUGUGUUGCUAAAGAGGAUUGUCUCCAACCUGUGUCCUGCCCAGUCAACACCCGCUACUGCCUGACUACAUGGAACAGUCCCCCAGGCCAGAAAACCAUUAUCAUAAAAUCAUGUGCUUACACCUGCCCUGGGUUCCAAGAGAGCCUGGCUGCCUCCAGGGCCUCCUGCUGCAACACGGAUCUCUGCAACAGCACAGUGAGCCACAGCGUCAGCUGGGGGGUGCUGGCUCUCAGCAUCUUUGUCGCCUACCUCAACAGGUAG